UCCCGCCGCCCCCCGCAGAGCCCCGGUGAGCACCAUGAGCACCGAGACGUUGGUGAAGGACGUGAAACCGGGGCUCAAGAACCUCAACCUCAUCCUCAUCGUGCUGGAGACCGGGCGGGUAACGAAGACCAAGGACGGGCACGAGGUGCGCACGUGUAAAGUGGCCGACAAGAGCGGCAGCAUCAACAUCUCCGUGUGGGACGACGUCGGGAACCUCAUCCAGCCCGGGGACAUCAUCCGGCUGACCAAGGGGUACGCGUCCGUCUUCAAGGGCUGCCUCACGCUGUACACGGGGCGCGGGGGGGACUUGCAGAAGAUCGGAGAGUUCUGCAUGGUCUAUUCCGAGGUGCCCAACUUCAGCGAACCCAACCCCGAGUACGCGGCGCAGCAGUCACAGAGCAAAGGGGCUCAGAACGAGAGCGCGGCCCCGCCCCCCGCCGCGAGCCAAGGCCCCCCCGCGCCCCCCCCGGCCCCCGAGGGCCAGAACGGGAACGGGGCCCCCCCCGCGCACCCCCCCAGCGGCCGCAUCACCCGGAGCCAACCCGGGCACCCCCCGCUCAGCAACGGCAAAGAGACGCGGAGGAGCAGCAAGAGAUAACGGGGGACC